UAAACGUUCUGGCAGCGCUAGCCUAACAUCUGUAAAAGUUGCAUUCCUGUGUUUAUUUUUUUUUAUUUCACCACAACACCAGAAAUGCAUUAAUAUUAAAGGAAUAAUAAACCGUACAAUUCGCUAGUUAAGAGUGCGAACAAUGUAAAUACGCGUGUGUCAGCCAGCAAAAACAAGCAUUAAAAUGACUGACGCCUACUGCUUGUCCAAUUUUAUUGAUUUUUCACAGCAUUUGUCACAGCCGCUGAGGCACAGCAAUCGGAUCAAGUAUACUUGCUUUGAUAUCUCUGACAACUACAUCAUCUUUGGCGCCACCUCCGGCUCCCUUUACUUCUUCAAUCGUGGCGGCAAGUUUAUGCACUUGAUCCCCAAUAAGCAUGGGCCGGUCACACACUUGAGUAUCUCGGCCAACAACAAGUAUGUGGCCUUUGCCACUCAACGCUCUCUGAUUUGUGUGUAUGCGGUGAAUCUCUCCGCUCAGGCCGCACCUCAAGUGAUUGUCACGCACCUGAGCGCCGAUCAAUCGGUGCAGGUGAGCUGUAUCCAUUGGACGCCGGAUGAGAAGCAAUUCUACUAUGGCGAUACACGUGGCCAGGUUAAUCUGGUACUUCUAUCGUCCUUUAUAGGACAUAGUCUGCUGUUUAACAUGUCCGUGCAUCCGCUUUUGUAUCUAGAUGCCCCCGUCGUCCAGAUCGAUGACUUUGAAUCUCUGCUCCUGGUAUCAAACUAUACCAAGUGCAUUCUAUGCAACACCGAAUUCGAAGAGUACAAGCAGAUCGGCAACCGUCCACGUGAUGGCGCUUUUGGUGCCUGUUUCUUUAUAUCGCCACAUGAGUCAUUGCAGCCGUCACGCAUUUAUUGCGCACGUCCAGGCACUCGAAUCUGGGAAGUCGACUUCGAAGGCGAGGUAGUGCAAACGCACCAGUUCAAGAGCGCACUGGCCACCGCUCCAGCCCAGAUACUGAAGCCUAGUGAAGGUGAUGCAUUCAGUGGUGACGAUGCGGAUGCCCUGGAGUCCAACGAUGAACUGCUAGACUACCAGCCGCAGCACCUGCAAUUCGCCAAACUGCAACGUCUAGGCGAAAACUUUUUACUGAGCUAUACUGAGCUGGGCCUCUACAUCUUUGAUGUGCGCCACUCGUCGGUGGUGCUGUGGUGUAAUAAGUUCGAGCGCAUUGUAGAUUGCCGUGUCGCCGGCGCCGAUAUCUUUAUCUUCACCCAAACGGGUUCGCUAUACAGCGUUCAGUUGCAGACGCUGCAGUCGCACGCCCUCUUCCUGAUGCAGCAAUCGAAGCUGCCGCAGUGCGCCCGACUGUUGCGCCAUCACGUCAAAUAUUUUGCGGACAAGGCGCGCGAAAACUACGAGCUGAAGCAGCUCAAUCAGUUGAAGCAACUGCUGAUCGAACGCCAGCAGUAUGAACUGCUCAAUGAUAUAUCCGUGAUCUUUGAUGCCAUUGCCCAGUGCACGGGCAGCGCAAUGGACACGCACAGCUCCGGCGGCAGCUCAGCAACAACAGAGAGAAGCGUCAGCACAGCUGGAGGGGGAUCUCAAGUAGGAAGUGGAGGUGGAGUUGGUAACGUCGCCAACUCAGUGCCAGCAAAAGGCGUUUAUGUGCUGGAGAACGCAUUUUGCGACAAUUUGAAACAACCCCCUAAGUCGGGACACUUUAAGGAUGCGCUGCUAACGGUUACGGGUAAAUUUGGCAAGAACAUUAUCAAAUACAAGUUCAACAUAUUUGCCGAGGAGCAGCAGCAGCUAGUGCGUGAGCUAAUACCCGCCAGUGAGCGAUCGCUGCCCUUUAAGGAUAUUAAAGCACUGUACGAGGCGCAGGAUGAGGAUGAGGAAAUUGUUUGCCGCAGCAGUAGCAACGGACGCAAGCGUAUUACGACAGCGACGCCACACAUCAGUCCGGAAGAGAAGACCAUCUACAAUCUUUAUUUGAUCCACAAGGGCGCCAAAUUCAGUCGCACUCAUUGCGUGGAACGCUAUCGCGCAGUGUUCGAUGAAUAUGCGGCCAGCGAGCUGAUGCAGCUGCUGACGAAGCUUGGACAGGUGAUGCUGGAGCACGGCGAUAGUCCUGAGCAGGCGCAACGCAACUGCUAUGAGAUGUAUUUCAACUAUCUCAAUCCGGAACUCAUCUGGGAAAUGGACGAUGCCACACGAGACUACAUAGCUAAUGGAUUGGCCCUACUGAAUGCCGGCGUAGAAAUUGUCCGCUGCAGUCAUUGCAGCUUUCCUUUGAGGUUCAACAAUGCCUGUCAGUAUCAUGAGCUGGGCGCUGUCCUGCUGCGUUACUUUUGGUCCCGCAACGAGCAGCUGAAGUGCUUUGAUGUGCUGCAGUCGGUACCGGCGCUGCUUGAUGUUCUGGCCAAAUUCUAUCUGGUCGAGCACAAUUUGGACAAAGUUCUGCCCAUUGUCUUUAACUAUGGCUCCGUGGAGCUGCUGCAGGAUGUGGGUAAGCAAUUGAAUGGCGCCGCUUGGGCGCGUUGCUUUGAGCAGUUUGUGGAACUGCAACGUGGACGCUUGAUUUGCGUCAAUUGCGAAUGCAUCAGCAGUGUGGAAGAAGAACAGCUGUCGCGGCAUUUCUUCUAUACGUGGAACUGUUUUCUGAAUAUCGCCCUAGAUCAUCUGACAGCCAACGAGACGCUGGCCUUGAUCUUCAAGUGGAGCUCGUAUGUACCCAGCGAUGCAAUCGAUCGGGAGUUCUACAAACGCUGCCUGCUUAAGGGCUGAAAUGCGUAUAUAUGUACACAUAUAUAUUCGUAUAUAUAUUUAUAAAUAUUAUGCAAAUAAUGAUAUUUAUUGUUGAAACAUUAGCGGCAUGCAACUUGCAACAUUCCCAGGCCAUGAUCCAAAAAGAAAAUAUAUAUAUAU